AUGUCGAGCCUCACAGUCGAGCUCACAGCGCCCAAUGGCGUCAAAUACACCCAGCCCACCGGCCUAUUCAUAAACAACGAAUGGGUGGCAUCCUCGAAAGGCAACAAGAUCACUUCCAUCAACCCCACCGACGAGUCUGAGAUUGCCAGCGUACAUGCAGCAGAGCCCGAAGAUGUCGACAAGGCGGUGGAAGCAGCAAGAGCAGCCUUUAAAGGGCCAUGGAGGGAUAUGGCAACAACAGAGCGAGGAGAUCUUAUGAUCAACCUGGCCGGGCUGAUUGACCAGAACAAAGAGGUGCUGGCUACGAUUGAGACGUGGGACAACGGCAAGCCCUACUCUGUCGCCCUGAACGAGGACCUCGCAGAAGUGGCUGGCUGUAUGAAGUACUACGGCGGCUGGGCCGACAAGAUCCAUGGUCAAGUGAUUGACACCUCUCCCGCCAAACUCGCCUACACCAUUCGCGAACCCAUUGGUGUAUGCGGCCAGAUCAUACCCUGGAACUAUCCUCUUGCCAUGGCUGCCUGGAAACUCGGACCAGCAAUAGCAUGCGGUAAUACUGUUGUUCUCAAGUCCGCUGAGCAGACACCACUCAGCAUCCUCGUUUUCGCCAACCUGGUCAAGGAAGCCGGCUUCCCUCCAGGCGUGAUCAACAUCAUCAACGGACAUGGCAGAGUGGCUGGCGCAGCAAUGGCCCAGCACCCAGGCAUUGACAAGAUCGCCUUCACCGGGUCCACGUCCACUGGCCGAGAGAUCAUGAAGAUGGCCUCGCUGACCAUGAAGAACAUCACGCUCGAAACCGGCGGCAAGUCUCCACUGCUGGUCUUUGACGACGCAGAUCUAGAUCAAGCAGUCAAGUGGUCCCACGUUGGCAUCAUGAGCAAUAUGGGCCAAAUCUGCACCGCUACCUCUCGGAUCCUAGUCCAGGAGUCCAUCUACGACAAAUUCAUCGAAGCGUUCAAGAAGCAAGUCACUGAGACGAGCAAAGUCGGCGACCCAUUCAAGGACGAGACGUUCCAAGGUCCACAGGUCACGAAAGCACAGUAUGAGCGUGUACUCGGCUACAUCGACACCGGGAAGAGUGAAGGCGCUACGCUGGCGAUGGGCGGGGAGGCGUACAAGAAUGUUGGCGAAGGCAAAGGAUUCUUUGUCUCUCCGACUGUGUUUACGAACGUCAAAGACAGCAUGCGCAUCUUCCGGGAAGAAGUGUUCGGCCCGUUUGUCGUGGUGGUGUCGUUCAAGGAUGAAGAGGAAGCAUUGGCCCUUGCCAACGACACGACGUAUGGACUCGGCAGCGCGCUCUUCACGAAAGACAUUGUGAAGGCACAUCGGGUGGCGAGGAAGAUCGAGGCGGGCAUGGUGUGGAUCAAUAGCAGUCAGGAUUCCGACUACAGGAUUCCGUUUGGAGGCGUGAAGCAGAGUGGGAUCGGGAGAGAGUUGGGCGAGGCAGGGCUGGAGGCGUAUACCAACAAGAAGGCUGUGCAUGUCAAUCUGGGGACGUGGUUGUAG